AUGGAGACCGUAAGACCUACGCGGUCUGGAUUACCAGACUCCCUCACUGUUGGCAACUUGCCGUCGCUGUUGGGGCCGCUUGCCUUCCGUCAAGAGCUGAGCAGCAACACUUGGGCCUCUUCGACCGCCGACAUGGCUCUGCUCUCCGACAACGACGAGAUCGGCGAUCGCGACGCGUUUGUUGAGGAUUAUAACAGACUGUCGAGGAAGUAUGGUGUCCGACCCAUGGUGCCAGACGACUAUGACACUGGCCCUUGCACUAUUACACAGUCUGGAAAAAAGAAAUGGUACUCUCGAAGGCGCAGGUCCUCGUCGCGUUUGCCCAGCGCGAAGUCGGACAAGUCAAUUACCCAAAGACCGAGCUUUGGGGAUCUAUCUCCUCACCGCGAGGCUAUCAAGACGGAUUCGGGUACAGACAAGAGUUUGCAAGGACUUGUGAGACUGACCGGCAAAUGCUUUCUGCAUCUGCCGGCAGAAUACGCCCCAGGUUCACUCAUUAUCCCAACAUGUCUACGAGCAACGUCACAAUAUCUGGUACAGCAUGGGCCUACAGCACGCGGUGUUUUUCGGGUCCCAGGAUCUGUCCGUGCCGUGACUGCGCUAUAUGACUAUUACUUUGCGAACAGUGAGCCAGGGGGAGGUAUCAUCUCCGGUACCGUUCGCACACCCAGCUUGCCGACACAUCUUGAAUACGGCGUACACGAUGUUGCGUCAACCUUCAAGAAGUUGCUAGGUGGCCUCCCCGGGGGGAUACUUGGCUCGCUCUCGGUGUUUGACGCCCUCGUAGCCAUCCGCAGCCACUUCAAUGGCGACCCUGAAGCGAACAGGACCAAACAGACUAAGCUACGCGCACGACUGAUUGCCCUUGCCAUCGGAACUCUCAAGUCGCAGUUUCAAAGGGAACUUGUCUGCGCCGUCUUUGGGCUAUUAUGCCUGAUUGGUCGCACUUCGGAGACGACGCCAAGAGAGGAUGCGUGGGGUCAACCGUUGCCAACCUCGGACCUGAUGGGAUACAACGCACUUGGAAUAGUAUUCGGCCCACUGCUCGUCGGUACUCUCAUUGAUCAAUACUCUAUGCAGUUAGCAGAACCCGGCGCAGGGUUAGUCCUACUCCCGGCCACCCCACCCCUGCGCAAAGACAAGGCAAAGCGAAGAGCUGUUUCUGAAGGAAGACCUGUUACACCAGUCACGAUCGACAAGAUUAUAGUGGCCAACUCGAUUGCUGAGAUGCUAAUCGCCAAUUGGCGAGAGGUCGUGAGACACAUGAAGAGCUUGGGAGUGAUCCACAAGGUUGUUGCUGGUCAGUUACAUGGAGAGUCUUCACAGAAGUCUUUGAAGACAUCUAUUUCAGAACCGGCUCUUUCCGAAAAAGUGAUUCAUACAUUAGAGGGUGAGACAUUUUCACAAGCCAAGUCUCCCCGCGCGCGCAAGAAUGACGGCUCUGUCUUGACGGGCAUAAAAGCAACAGCAGAACUAAGCGAUCAACAAGACCCGACCACAAGAAUCAUUACCGUCAGGAAGCGUCGCCGAAGUUCAAAGCCACGUACAGUUGUUUUCGCCAAGUCACCUGUGCUCACCGGCGCACAACCGGAAGUACCUUCCUCGAGUAAUAAAAUGGAACUCACCACAAGGAGACCAAAUGAAAUCGUUUUGGUGCAAGAAGAAGACCUUUCAUUGAGACGCCGUGGGGACGGUGGCACAGCUGUACCAACUCCCGCCUCGGCCCGGGCUUCAGCUCGGAUGUCGACAGCAUCAGUCACCUUCAUUACCCCCAGCUCAGCAGACCGCAAGAUAAGCCGCAGAGCUUCAAGUGCACAAUCAAGCACUUCUCCAUUUGGAAGUGGUGAUGGUUCGAAAGUGGAGACACCUGCACAACCUGAAGAUAUGGCGAAGGGUGCUACUCCGACAAGUGGGAUAUUGUCAAAGGCUUCCCGUGCUAUAGCAAAGUUUACCACUGGGCAUCGAGGAAGCCGCGUUGUGAGCCCCCUCUUGUCUGAGGUUUUGACACCCAGAAAGAGCUCUGAUAACGGCAUGCGCAGGAGUCAGUCGGCGCGCGGCGAAAGCCCCGGCCAUCGAAGUGAGCACGAAGAGCGUUCUCCAUCUGGCAUCGCGGAUGAACAACAACCGACCGCCAAAAUGACUCCUGCUCAAGGCAAAAUUACAAAAUCAUCCAAACCUGGAGUUGCGAGCGGGGAAGGUCUGCCGAGGAAUGGCACCACCCAGGUGAUAAACGGCGCAGGUGACGAUCGAAGAACUAGAGAUGCCGAGCGUACCUUUGAUAUCACCGGGAGCGCAAGGCUCAUGCCCCGAGCUCAUGUCGACGAUAUGGCCAGCCCAUUCAUGGUUGGCCGAAGUAAUGCUGUCAGACAGAACCGAAGUUUCAUAGGGCCAAACUCAAAGCUUGCUGGCGGGGAUGACAUUGAGCCCCAAGAAGACGUUAUGCCGGAUAGUGGUUCGAGGAAACCAAGGGCUUCUGAUUGUCUUUAUUUGAGGCACGAAGAUGUCAAUGCGCUACGAGACCGCGGCUCACCGACACCGUGGCACGAAGAUAUGAAGAGGCGGGUUGGCAGAAGCAAAUCCAAGCCACUUGCUGAUGACCAAGAAAACUCGACCCAGCACAGGCCGGUUGAGAUCGUCGUCAAUUCAAAGAUCAAUGGCACCGGAAGCUCGAGGGCUUCCAGUGUUGGCCGAGCCGUCGAUAUGACAGGAAGAUUUGCAGAUGAAUCCGAUGGCGCGAGACAUCUUUACCCGCAGAGCAUCGCUCGCGCCGAGUCCAUGAGCAGCAGACCCUCAAGUCAGGAUCAGUCAAAGCAAGGUGUACUGAAUGGAUCAACGGGCCUUACACCGCCUCCCUCAUCAACACCACCACACCAUGCAUCCACGCCUGGCACUGUGAUGCGGCGCAAGUACGUCUCCGUUAGUGGCGGCAACGUCCGGGCCAUGGCGGCCAUAUUCGAAAAUGUUGCCAAAGACACCAAAACAUCUUCAGAACGACAGGAUACUGCACCGGCAACUGAGCUCAACUCCCCAGCGGUCCAUGUCGUAGGUUCAGGGAACAUACUGCCACAGGCCUCUUUCGGAGCUGAUGCCAACCUGAGUCAAGAUACCAUCAAUAAAGGGCUGUCCGACAAUGAUGAACUUUUUGCAAGAGGCGAUGGUACGACCGAGACAAGAGUGGCCUCUCAACUACCACCGAAUGUUCCUGUCAGGCACCCGUCGAGAAACAAGACCAAUCAUCCAAACAGUAAAACCCAAAGGGCAUUCAGGUUGUCCGACGGAUCCAUUAACAAUGGACACUCACUUUCCUUGCCCCCUAGCAAAGGCAGUGACGACUCAACACGCAUUGAUGCACUCCAAGCAGACAUAUACGUUCUACAAGAGCAACUAGCCGCCAAGACGAGUGAAUGCCAGCAUGUGCGCUUGGAGCUCUUGGAAGCCCAGAAUGCGAUUGCGUGUGCUACCACAACCGCUAGAGCAAUGGACACGUUGACAGUGCAGCUGAGACAAGCAUUCGAAGAUGCUAAGCGCUGGCGCGACGAGGCAGGAACAUGGAGAGCCCGUGCCGAAGCCACAGAACGACGCCUUGGUCUGAUACGUGGGCAGGUGGGAGACUGUGCCCAAGGCGACACUAGUCCGCCCCUGCCAACCUCGACCCUGAUGAUGCCGAUCAGUAGGAACCGGAUGCAUCACGGACUGCAAAAGAAGAGAGUGACCGGGCCGUUGCGCGAGAAUUACGAGUACGCGGAGCACCGGCGGGUUGACAGCAGAGGCGACUAUAUUGAUAUAGUCGGCCAAGGUGAUGAGUGCGACUGGCAACUUGACGAUCGUUGGCAGCGCGAGGAUUGGCGUGUCGCAUCUACGAGCGGCAAGCAGAUGUCAAAAAAGGACCACUGGCACCACGAAGACUGGCGCGUUGGUUUGGAUGACCCAACAUCGACGAGAGGCCGCAAGGCGAUGCGGAACAAGGAACAAAAUGAGUACGAUGACCGAGGGUGCGGGGAUGCGCAGGGAAUUCGUUUGGUCGGAGGUGGUGAUAAAAGAUGA